CCCGGAUGUUAUAACAAGAAAUUUGCUUACUAUUCCAGCAAAUCAGCGUGUAGACGUUUAACUGAGCCAUCUAAUGACCAAUGAGAGGGAAGUAUUUUCUAAUAAGGGGCGGGCUUUAAUCCUAAACAGCAAGAAAUAAGUCGCUGACACUUCCUUUCGUGGUCAAGUUGGCAGAUAACAAAAGUGGCUCAAGGACGGUUAAAGUGAACAUGGCCCCCAGCAUGCAAUUAAACGAUGCCGUGUCCGAUGUUAAAAAGGGAAUUCGGGCAAUCCUUCUCGGACCCCCUGGUGCUGGGAAAGGAACACAGGCUCCUCGGUUGGCAGAGCAGUACUGCGUGUGUCAUCUGGCCACGGGGGACAUGCUGAGGGCCAUGGUGGCGUCUGGCUCUGAGCUCGGCAAGCGGCUCAAGGAGACCAUGGAUGCCGGGAAACUGGUCAGUGACGAGAUGGUGGUAGAACUCAUAGAAAAGAACCUGGACACGCCUCCCUGUAAGAAGGGGUUCCUAUUGGACGGAUUCCCCCGCACAGUGAAACAAGCAGAGAUGCUGGAUGACUUGCUGGAGAAGCGCACAGAGAAGCUGGACUCUGUGAUUGAGUUCUCCGUCGACGACUCCCUACUGGUGCGCAGGAUCUGUGGCAGACUAAUUCACCAGCCUAGCGGUCGCUCCUACCAUGACGAGUUCAACCCACCCAAAGAGCCCAUGAAGGAUGACGUGACGGGGCAGCCGCUGAUGCGCCGCAGCGACGACAACGCGUCGACGCUGCGCUCGCGGCUGGAGGCCUACCACCGGCAGACGGUGCCCUUAGUCAAGUACUACAGCGCCCGCGGCCUGCACAAGGCCGUUGAUGCCGCCCAGUCCCCCGACGUUGUCUUCGCCUCCAUCCUCGCCGCCUUCUCCUCGGCCACAGCCUCCCCCUGUAAAGACCUGGUGCUCUUCGUCUAAGCUCCCUUCCACUUCAGUCGCUUCUUCACUCUCAGGACUCUGCUAUUUGAAUCCCUGCUUCUCCGAGUGCAAUCUACCAGUAAUAAGUGAAGCCAUCUUGGAAUUGACUUUGAUUAUGUUUCCCUUCUAAUAAAAAGAUGCUUUUCUACAAUCAUGA